CCGACCUCUUCGAACCCCUAAGCGACCUGUACGUCCCAACCCCAUCCCAACCACCCCCUGUACCCAAACCUAACAGCUCACUCCCACCCACAGAGCAACCCAAACCUUCUCCCUACCCACCUACAUCCCCACAAUGCCCGCCUCCAUCGAGUCCGUGCUCAUCACAGCCGUCCCGACAUCCUUCCUCUCUGAGAUCUCCAACCCGACAGCCUGGUCGUCCGUCACUAGUGAGUGGAGGGACGGACACUUUCCUUCCUGGUAUAGUAGCCUCAAUAGCGAUGUGAAGUCGUAUCUUUCUACGAGGUUUGAUCAUGCCUCCCCGUCGACGUCGACCUCACAUGGUGGGGCGUCUGCGCCGACGGGGAUGGCGGCGGGUGUGAUGGGUGCGGCGGGGAUUUUGGGGUUGGCGAUUGCGUUGUAGGUGUUGGGGAGGGUGUUGUGUAUAGUAUGUGGUGAGUGGGGGUUGUUGGGGAGGUGUAUGAUGUGGUAUGGUUGAUAUGAUAUAGAUGUUAUGCUGGUCUAGACUUUGUGUUAUGGAUUUGGAUGAUGGGGAGGAUGAGGUAUUCGGUGGAUUGAUAUGGGAUUUAGAGUGUUCUGCAUGAACAUGUUAGUAAGAGGUUGUU